AUGCCAAGCAUAGAUUGCUUUCUAUUCUUCUUUCCCCAGCUUUUUCUUGUCCACAAUUCUUGUCUCUGUCCCAUCAAUACACCAGCGUACAUCACCAAUGCUCAUCUCAUCGCGCUAAGAUCAUCAAUCAUGGCAGAAACGUCGAAGAACGUGAUUCUUUUACAACAAACAAACCAGCUUAUUGGUUUAUACUCGAUCAUCAGAGACCAAAAAACUAAGCGUGGAGACUUUGUUUUCUAUUCUGAUAGAAUAAUUCGUCUUUUGGUGGAAGAGGGUUUGAACCAAUUGCCUGUAGAAAAGGCUACAAUUAAGUGUCAUGGUGACUACGAGUACGAAGGUGCCAAGUUUCUCGGUAAGAUUUGUGGAGUAUCGAUUGUGCGUGCUGGAGAAUCCAUGGAAAUGGGUCUUAGAGACUGUUGUAGAUCGGUGAGAAUUGGCAAAAUUUUGAUUCAAAGAGACGAAGAAACUGCAUUGCCAAAGUUGUUCUAUGAAAAAUUGCCUGAAGAUAUAAGUCAAAGGUACGUUUUCUUGUUGGAUCCCAUGCUUGCUACCGGAGGUUCUGCUAUGAUGGCUGUCGAGGUGUUGUUGAAUCGAGGUGUCAAAAUGGACAGAAUCUUCUUUUUGAAUUUGCUUGCGGCUCCCGAAGGAAUAAAAGCUUUCCAAGAAAAGUAUCCCGACAUAAAAAUCAUCACCGGAGACAUUGACGAGAAACUUGAUGAAAACAAGUACAUUGUGCCAGGAUUGGGUGAUUUUGGCGAUAGAUAUUAUUGUGUAUAA